CCAAUCCCCAUUCCAUCAUAUUCCCAAUGAAACCCCAUCAGACCGACCUAUAAUCAUCAUGAGACGAAUAAUUAACAAGCCCUUUUCCAUCCCCCGCCAGGGUACCAGCACUGGUCAAUCCUGGCGACGCCGGGCCGAAGCAGAAGGGCCACUCCAGUUCCCACCAUCUGCUCAACCAGCCUCCAACAGCCUAAUUGACGAGAAGCUUAUUGAGGGAUCGCAAGUGUCACCAUCAUCGUCGUCCUUUUCCCGUAAACCUUAUACACAAGAAAAUGGAACCGUGUCGUAUCAGCCCCGCUCCAGUAUGGUCACAUCGAUACAACCGGAUGAGGUAUUUGAGGAUGAGGAUGUGCAACUUGAUGCCUUUGAUCUUGAAUUGCUUGCUCAGUCUGAUGGGAAAGCGAAUAAUUAUCAGCAACCGUUGAUUUCUUCGUACCACCGACAAGUUGACCCAGUGAAACAGGUUUCUCGUUUCUUCAAUGGCCCGCAGAUUACGCCCCAUCGAAGUAUACCAUCAAGCUCUUCUGAUAUCGAUACGAGGGAGGUCUCGAGCCCGUUAGCACGGAUUCAGAAUGAGAGGACGGCUGGUGUAUUUCGAAAUCACGAUCGGGAUCUUGGUGGGACGCUGCCUCAACCACAUUCCCUUGGAGUAGACGAGCGACACCCCGAGCCCAGUACUGAUUUUCUAACUUCGCACCAUGGCCCGAACAAUCCAUUUCAAGAUAUACCUGUCUCUGUUCGAGGUAUUGUGCUCUUGUCGGUCCGCGAACUACCGGAUAACUAUCGUUCGAUGUUCCAUUUCCCUGUUUUCAACGCCGUGCAGUCCAAGUGCUUCCAGGCCAUCUACAAAAGUGAUGACAAUGUAGUGUUAGCUGCCCCGACUGGGAGUGGUAAGACCGUCGUUAUGGAGCUGGCAAUUUGUCGCCUGCUGAAUACCCUGAAAGACGAACAAUUUAAACUCGUUUACCAGGCUCCGACAAAAUCCCUUUGUUCUGAAAGGUUUCGUGACUGGAGUCGAAAGUUCCAAUUACUUGGACUCCAGUGUGCCGAGCUGACAGGCGAUACGGACCAUUUGCAGCUCAAGAAUGUCCAGAAUAGCCAGAUUAUAAUAACAACUCCAGAGAAGUGGGAUAGCAUGACGCGGAAGUGGAAGGAUCAUGCCAGGCUUAUGCAGCUCGUCAAGCUCUUCCUCAUCGACGAGGUUCAUACACUUAAAGAAUCCCGUGGCGCUACCUUAGAAGCUGUUGUGUCCCGCAUGAAAACGAUUGGGUCCAAUGUACGCUUUGUUGCAUUAAGUGCUACUAUCCCGAACUCUGAAGACAUUGCUACCUGGUUAGGUAGGAAUGCCACGAGUCAACAUGUUCCGGCACACAGAGAACAUUUCGGUGAAGAGUUUCGCCCUGUGAAGCUGAAAAAAUUCGUUUACGGAUAUCAGUCUCAUGGCAAUGACUUUGCGUUCGACAAGCUGCUAAACUCAAAACUUGCUGAUAUAAUUGCCACACACUCGGCGAAGAAGCCUAUUAUGAUAUUUUGCUGCACCAGGAACUCUGCAGUCACUACUGCAAAGGAACUUGCACGAUUGUGGUCUACAUCUAACUACCCGGCACGGUUAUGGAAGGGACCGAGUAGGCCGAUAGCGGUUUGCAACACUGAUCUAAAGACCACAACAGCUGCGGGUGUUGCAUUCCACCAUGCAGGCCUUGAACCCGCAGACCGGCACCAAGUCGAGAACGGGUAUAUCGACGGCAAAAUAAACAUUAUAUGUUGUACUUCAACCCUUGCUGUCGGCGUAAAUCUCCCCUGCCAUCUGGUAAUUAUAAAAAACACUGUAGGGUGGCAAGACGGCCGCUGCCAGGAGUACUCAGACCUCGAAGUCAUGCAGAUGCUCGGCCGUGCCGGCCGACCACAAUUUGACGACACCGCAACUGCGGUAAUUCUAACCAGAAAGGAGAUUGUUCACCACUAUGAAAAGCUCGUAUCUGGAUCUGAGAGUCUCGAGAGUUGCUUGCACCUUAAUUUGAUUGACCACCUGAAUGCCGAGAUAGGGCUCGGCAAUAUAACCAGUCUAGACUCAGCUACUACCUGGCUGGCGAGUACCUUCCUGUUUGUGAGGUUAAGAAGAAACCCGACGCACUAUAAACUCAAGGAGGGUGCCAAUCGGGAUGACGAGAAUGAGAUGCUUCGCCAGAUUUGCGAAAAGGAUAUCAAGUUACUCCAGGAAUGUGACCUAGUUACGUCUAACACUCUCAAGUCCACGCCAUUCGGAGACGCCAUGGCACGGUAUUAUAUACGAUUCGAAACGAUGAAAACCCUUCUUGCGUUAAAACCGCAGUCAGGAGUUGCGGAGAUUCUUGCAGCUAUAUCCCAGGCCGAAGAAUUCCGUGAUGUGCGCCUCAAGGCAGGAGAGAAGUCGGUGUAUAAGGAGAUAAACCGCUCGAGUGACCUCACCUACCCUAUCAAUGUUGAUAUCGCACUGCCGGCUCACAAGAUAUCGCUCCUUAUCCAGUCCGAGCUAGGUGCUGUCGAGUUUCCAAAUAAUGAGCAAUUCCAGAAACAUAAGUUUACCUUCCAGCAGGACAAGGGCUUUGUAUUUUCUCAUGUUAAUCGUCUGAUUCGAUGUGUGAUUGACUGCCAGGUUCACCUGGGAGAUUCGGUGGCUCUCCGAAAUGCGUUGGAACUCGCCAGGAGUUUAGCAGCAAAGGUUUGGGAUAGUUCACCCCUUCAGAUGAAGCAGAUUGAGCAGGUUGGUGUUGUUGCGGUGAGGAAGUUAGUGGCAGCUGGGAUCGAUAGUAUAGAAGCCCUUGAAGACACCGAGCCGCACUGUAUUGAUAUGGCACUGAGCAAGAACCCGCCUUUUGGAGUGAAAUUGCGAGCCCGUCUCGCGGAAUUUCCAAAGUUACGUGUAUCGGUGAAGAUGAUGGGCAAGGAUGUCAAGCCCGGCCGUCUUGUCACGGUGCGCUUCAAAGCGGAGAUCGCGUUCAUGAACGAUAAAUGUCCGAGUGUCUUCCAGAGACGGCCGGUUUAUAUUUGUUUCAUUGCAGAAACUUCUGACGGCCGACUGGUUGACUUUCGACGUUUAAGUGCAACAAAGCUUCAGAAGAACCAUGAGAUAUCUCUAAGCGGAGAAUUAAAGCAACAUGACCAAUACAUUAUUUGCCAUGUCAUGUGUGAUGAAAUUGCGGGAACCUCACGAUGUGCAACGUUAAAACCGGAUCUCCCAAAAUCGUGGUUUCCGAAGCAGCCUGAAUGCGAAAGGGGGGCUCAACAGGCUCCGGAUAAUGGAGAAGCUCCGGCCAGAGAGCCCUGCAACAAUCAAUUAUCUAAUAAGCUUAAACGAUUCGAUACUGAUGACCUGUUAUUCGGAGAGUGGUUAGGCUCAGAGAUAUUGGACGACUGGAAUGAUGAGGAAGCAGAGCCUCUACCAUCGUUACCCUCUAAAACCACAGUGUACCAGAAAGCAGCAUCACAGAGCGAAGCCACCAAGUCCAGCGCCGCAGUAAAGGCCAGUGUCAGCCUCGGCCGGGAACCUGGGAGGCUGGAUAAUGGUAAAUGGGAGUGUAACCAUAAGUGUAAAGACAAGACGUCGUGCAAACAUUACUGCUGUCGGGAGGGCUUGAGCAACCCCCCAAAGGCCACGAGCAAGAAGUCUGACGGGGCUUAUCACGAUGCAGCAGGAUCUAACCAGUUGACUUUGUCAGCAAGUAUAUCAAAGAGCGAUGCGAAACCUGCUAAGCACCAGAAAAAUACCAAAAACAGCGAGCAGUCAUCUCAACUCAAGACCCCAAGCACGGAUAACCCUAUCUCCCUAAUCGCAGAUUCUUCGAGCGACUAUGGCGACGAGAGCUUCAACGACCUGCCCUCGCCGUCAGAAUUCUUCGGAAGUGUCAUAAACUCAUUGGAUCGUAAUUCUCAAAAAGCACCAGGCAUCUCCAAGACCAGUCAAAACCCACUUGAGCUCGCAGACGACUGGAUGGAUGCUGAUGAGGUCUUGUUCACGGGGCAAGCGGCCUUGGUGGAAUCAUCUUCGACAAAUGAUGGCUUUGCUAAGACUUGUCUAGUAGAUCUUGUAAGCCCUGAGCCGCAGAAAUUGUGUUCCAUGCCACCACAAUCCGACGGCUUGGGGGGACAGAAGCGAAAGCUGACUGACAGGAGCAACAUCGCCAGUGACGAUAGCAAAAGAGCAAGAUACCGUGAGGGACCAGACAACAUUAACAUUAAUUCGCCCGAUAGAAAAGGACAAGAGAUCGGAGAAGAAAAUGAAGAUAAAACCUCGCAAAUGCAUGGCGUACCUGUUGUUCCUUCUAUACCAUUAGGUUGGGAAGGAAUUGACCCAGCCCUGCUGGACGAUUUCAAGGACAUAAUUGAUUUCUUUUAACUGGCUGCAAUUUGAGGAUAAUGUCCUUGACAACUGAGAUAGUGACGGUGUUAUCUGCGUUUACAUUUGCGUUUGUUAUGUUGAAGAUGCUUGAAACUGCAAUGAAACUUCCACAGAGCUGACAAAAUUCAUUCACUUAGC